GCGGGCAGGAGCUGCCCCGGGCCCCACCGGUGGGGCAGGGCCCCUGCGGGCCGCGCCUCCCGGCGCCGCGGUGCCCGGCAGACCCUGCGGAGCCGGGCGCUGCCAGCGCCUGGCCGGCGGAGCGGACCAGCGGCGGGACACCCAGGUCAAGAAGAGUCUGCUAGUGCAGCUGAAUCCUGAGGCAUUUUGUCGCUGCUGCUGGAACCCUGAGAAGCUGGAGCUGAGUCCCUGAGGACCUGGACCCUUCUGUUACCUCAGGGGAGCAGGGUGCCGCACUUUGGAAGCUGUCAGCGCCAGGGCCCUGGGGAGGGCUGAGGCCGACCAUGCCCAGCCUGCUGCUGCUGUUCACUGCUGCUCUGCUCUCCAGCUGGGCCCAGCUCCUGGCAGACGCCAGCUCCUGGUGGUCCUUAGCCAUGAGCCCGGUGCAGAGACCUGAGAUGUUUAUCAUCGGCGCUCAGCCUGUGUGCAGUCAGCUUCCCGGGCUCUCCCCUGGCCAGAGAAAGCUGUGCCAGCUGUACCAGGAGCACAUGGCCUACAUUGGAGAGGGAGCCAAGAUGGGCAUCAAGGAGUGCCAGUACCAGUUCCGGCAGAGGCGGUGGAAUUGCAGCACGGUGGACAACUCGUCCGUCUUUGGGAGAGUCAUGCAGAUAGGCAGCCGCGAGACGGCCUUCACCUACGCCGUGAGCGCCGCGGGGGUGGUGAACGCCAUCAGCCGGGCCUGCCGCGAGGGCGAGCUGUCCACCUGUGGCUGCAGCCGGACAGCGCGGCCCAAGGACCUGCCCCGGGACUGGCUGUGGGGUGGCUGCGGGGACAACGUGGAAUACGGCUACCGCUUUGCUAAGGAGUUUGUGGACGCCCGGGAGCGGGAGAAGAACUUCGCCAAGGGAUCGGAGGAGCAGGGCCGCGUGCUCAUGAACCUGCAGAACAACGAGGCAGGCAGAAGGGCUGUGUACAAGAUGGCAGACGUAGCCUGCAAGUGCCACGGCGUCUCCGGCUCCUGCAGCCUCAAGACGUGCUGGCUGCAGCUGGCCGAGUUCCGCAAGGUGGGGGACCAGCUGAAGGAGAAGUACGACAGCGCGGCCGCCAUGCGCAUCACCCGCAAGGGCAAGCUGGAGCUGGUCAACAGCCGCUUCAACCAGCCCACGCCCGAGGACCUGGUCUACGUGGACCCCAGCCCUGACUACUGCCUGCGCAACGAGACCACGGGCUCGCUGGGCACGCAGGGCCGCAUCUGCAACAAGACCUCGGAGGGCAUGGACGGCUGUGAGCUCAUGUGCUGCGGCCGCGGCUACGACCAGUUCAAGAGCGUGCAGGUGGAGCGCUGCCACUGCAAGUUCCACUGGUGCUGCUUUGUCAAGUGCAAGAAGUGCACGGAGAUCGUGGACCAGUACGUCUGCAAAUAGCUGGGCCGGCGGCCCCGCCUCCCGCCACUCCCCGCCACGCUGCCUCUCCAAAGUCUAUAUUAUAUAAAUCUAUAUAAAUAUAUUUUAUAUUUGUAUAAAUAAGUGGAUGGCUGAUAAAUAAUUAAAAGAAGAAAACAGAAAAGAAAAAGCUUAUUUAAGAGACGCUGGAGAUGGUGGAGGCUGGGACUUUGCCAGCUCUCUGCGCCCAGCGCGUGGGAGGAGAGGGCUCCUCUCUGCCCGUGGCCUUGGGGGGUAAGGGUGUGCACAGGGGGAGGGGAUGCUUUUGUCUGGAAGUCUGGAGUCUUUGUUGAGUAGACAAGCGGCCCAGAGUGUCCGUGGGUUUGGGAGUGGACGCCGGGUCUCCGCUCGCUUUCAUUCACGCGCGCACCUGCAGAAGCCGCAGUCCAGGGACGGCGUCUUCCCCCCAAAUGAGGACAGGUCUGACGUCAUCUAACUCAGGGACCACAAAGGGACUGCCCCAGCCUUCCAGUGAGAAUUACCCCCCUGCCGCAAGGAGCGGGGUCGCCCGGCCUGGCACGGCGGGGAAGACAGGGACUGAGCGGGCCCGCCUGCAGAAGGGGGGGGGGGGGCAGCCCGGGCGAGCCUCGCGCUGAAGCUUGGGUGCUGCUGCUCCACUUCCUCUACCAUGGGAGGCCUGGCUGACAGGGGAGGCACAGCGCCUGGCCGCUUCAUCUCUACCCUAGAUGUACAGUUUCUCUCCAACAUUAAACACCCUCCCUGAAGCUGCUCUCCCUUGCCUUCUGUGGACACAUGGCUGUCUUUCAGGAGUCUUCCUUUAUGUUGCAUUUUUAAAAAAGAUUUCUUGUAACUGAUUUAUUUGAGAGACAGAGUUUCCAUCUGCUGCUUCACUCCCCAGAUGGCUUCAACAGCUGGGGCCAGCGCCAGGAGCUAGGAAUUCAGUCCAGGUCUGCCGUGUGGGUGGCAGGGACCCAAUUAUUCGAGCCAUCACUGCUGCCUCCCAGGGUAUGCCUUGGUGGGAAACUGGAGUCAGGAGCCGGAGCCGGGAGUUGAACCCAGGCACUGUGAUGUGAGAUGUGGAUAUCCUUUUUUUUUUUUUUUCCCUCCGAGGUUCAUUUUUACUUAUUUAAAAGGCAGAGUGACAGAGAGGGAAAGACAAAAAGAAAUCUUCCAUUCACUGAUUCACUCCCCAAAUGGCUGCAACAGCCAAUGGCUGGCUGGUCCAGGCAAAGCCACAGCCUGGAACCCCAUCCAGGUCUCUUGUGUGGAUAGUAGGAACCCAUCCUCUGCUGCUUUUCCAUGCACAUUAGCAGGGAGCUGGAUGGGAAAAGGAGCAGCCGGGACUCGAACCGGCGCCCAUGUGAGAUGCUGGUGUCACAGGCAGCAGCUUUAUCCACUAUGAUACAGCACCAGCCCCCACAAAGGAAUAUUUAAAGUCUCGGACUCCUUUGUGUGUCCCAGAAGCUAAAACAGUGCCCACCACGGGAAAGCACUCAAUGAUUCGUUCUGAAGGAGGGAAUGAUGGUUCCCACUGAACCGCUGAGGGAGCCCAGGCGUCCUGAGAGCGACUGCCCGGAGCCGGAUGGAAAGGUGGGGAUGGGCCGGGUUCGGGAAAGUCAGCGCCGCGUUGCCUUCUGCGGCCGCCCCGAGGCCUCUGCAUCUCACUCCCUUACUCCUCUUCUUGGGGGCCGUCACCCACCUACCCUGCUUUCUCUUUCUGCCCAGCUUCCUCUGGUCCUGGGUGGGAAACCUGGCAGUGACAGCUUCUAUGGUAACGAGCUACACUCCCAGCCACACACAGAGACCCUGAAGCUCUCGUGGUCCUUGUUCCCAGUUCCUGGGAGGUGUCUGGGGCCAGGGCUCCCUCCACCAUGGCUCAGUGGAGUUCAAUGGACUGCAGGUGUUUAGGUAUUCAAAGUAUGGGGUCUGCAUUGUGGUACAAUGGGUUGAGCUGCCACCUGUGAUGCCGGCAUCACAUAUGGGUCCUAGUUUGAGUCCCAGCCGCUCCACUUCUCCACCUCGGAUCCAGCUCUCUGCUAAUGUGCAUGGGAAAGCAGCAGAUAAUGACCCCCUGCCACCUACAUGGGAGACCUGGGUGGAGUUCCAGCCUCUUGGUUUCAGCCUGACCCAGCCCUGGCCGUUGCAUCCAUUUGGGGAGUGAACCAGCAGACGGAAGAUCUCUUUCUCUCUCUCCCUCGCGCUCUGUUCCUCUGCUUUUUGAAUAAAUAAAAUAAAUAAAAAGAAUUCAAGGUUGGGGAGUGAGUGGCUAACCUGAAAUUGACAUCCACAUCCCACAUGGGUGUGAUGGGGUUUCAUUCCUGCCAAGGCAGGAACGCCUGUGAAGCAGCAGGCAUGGCCCACGUAGUUGGUCCCUAACACCCAUGUGAGAGAUCUGGAUUGAGUUGCUGACUCCCUGGCCCAGCCCCAGCCAUGGGGGUAUUUAGAGAGUGAACCAGCAGAUGGGAAAGAACUCUCUCCAUGACCCUCUCUGACUCUCAAAUAAAUUAAAAAAAAAAUUUCUUAAUUCAAGGUGGAAGGAGCUACUGACGUUCUCAUUCGAGUCCGUGCUGGAGUUUAGCCCCAGAGGGCGAGCGCGUAGCACAGCUUGUUGCUGUCCGUGUUUCCUACCCUCUCAGGAUAUUUUUACUGAGUCCUUUGUGAAGAAGCCAUAAUUAGGAGACUUGUCCUAAGCACCUGAGCCCUCUGGUGUGAAGCCCAUGUUCCCUACACAGCCUUGGAAGGAGUAGACCCCCCUGCUGAUCGGGUGAGGAGGAAGUGAUGGUGCUAAGAACCAGAGGGCUGGGAGGAGUCGGGGCAGCCUGCUGUGGCCCGCCCUGCAGCUCUGGCCACUCCAAUCCCUGUCUCAAGGGUCGUUCACUCCGGGAAGGAGGUUGGGAGAGGGAUUUCAGUACCAGCUGCUCCUUCCUGCUCCCCACCUCCUGCCCUUCCAGAUCUGAGGGUGCCAAAAAGAUGAACCUGCAACAGACAGCACGGCUCAGAUUUUCCUGCGCAUCGUCCACGGCUCUCCAGGGCCUGCAAAGCAAGCGUCUGAAAACCUGCUUACCCUAGCGGCGACUUCUGGGGCCUUUCGUUUGUUUUGUUAAACUUACGUGGCAGAGAAAAGAUACAAUGCACUUCCAUCCGCUAGGUCACUCCCCAGAUGCCCACCACAGCUGGGGCUGGGCCGAGGCCAGAACCAGGAGCCAGAAGUCCCACCCGAGUCUUCCACGUGGGUGGCAGGGACCCAAGUCCUGAGCAAAGGCCGUCUCAACCUGCAAUCUUAGCUCACGUUUGUAAAGCAGGAAAUAGUGCCGCUCACACUUGUAAGGUGCUGUACUGCCUUCCUCCCUUUGUUUUCUAACCUGAAAACCUGUUCUGACCCCUCCUCUGGCUGAGAACAGAGCACUAGGGGCAUUCUCUGGCACUCUAGGGAGUCCUCCCUGCGAGACCACGACUAGCCUGCAGUUCUCCAAGUGGCCACACGGUGUCGAUGUCUUCUCAGUCCUGGUAAUGUCUUCCUGACUCACGCUUCCGCUCCAAACUUGGGUUUUGGGGGUCUGUACUGCAGCCUACCUGAGUUUUGAGUUCUUGACUUUUUUCCAUUUGUGUGGAUCUGGAGGGAUUAGAUCAGUGGUUAGGAAGGAAACCAUGAGGGGAAUGCCUCCUCCGGGUCAGCUGUCAGGAGUCACUACGGAGGGCCCAGCACUGUGGUAGGUAAAGCCCUACCUCUUUGUGGGACCAGUUCAAAUCUUGGCUGCUCCACUUCCGAUCCAGCUCUCUGCUACGGCCUGGGAAAGCAGUGGAAGAUGGCUCAGGUCCUUGGGCCCCUGCACCCAUGUGGGACAUGUGGGAGACCCUGGUGAACUCCUGGCUCCUGGCUUUGGCCUGGCCCAGCCUUGGCUGAUGUGGCCAUUUGGGGAGUGAACCAGAAGAUGGAAGAUCUCACUCUCAAUCUCUCUCUCUCUCUCUCUCUCUGUAACUUAACUUUCAAAUAAAUAAAUAAAUCUUUUAAAAAAAAAGUCACCAUGGGGCACCCGCUUGGCAGGUGGCUGUGUGCGAGGUUGUGCUGAGCCGGGGCUCACGUUGUUUCCUGCUCCUUGCUUCAGGCAGCUGAAUAUUUUGCAUGCUUGCGUGUUAUUAGGGAAGCGGCCAUAAUUUCAGCUACCGCUUUUCGUGUGCUUGCCGUGUGCCGGCUGCUUCAUACACACGUCGUCUUACAAUUCUCUCGGUACCUCUGCCAGAUGGGCCUGCUGCAGAGGGCAAAGUGCACGUGGGAGAGGUUAAGGCACAGCCUCGGCCUCACAGAACUGACAGCUGAUGCGGACUCCCGAGCGCUUCCUCGUUCCUCCUCCCUGGGUUUCUGGGUGGCCAAAGACUCCGCUCUCCUGAAGGAAGAGGUGCCCACUUCCUGCUGUCUGAGGGCGUGCAGAGCAGGAGAGACGCGACUACAGGGCUGUUGGCUGAUAGGGUCACGUGGUCCAGAGAACUUGGGGAUUCCAGAGCUAACACAGAGUGCACGGGGCCAGCCAGUGCGGGUAGUUGAUUGACAGUGCCUGGCGCAGAGAGAAGAGCGCUGGGGGAAAGCUGAGCUGGGGGGAGUUGCCCCGGACCCUGACACUCAGCAGGUAUUGCACACUUAGUGAAACACGGGCUCAGAGCUGCCUCAUGGCGUUCGUCCUUAAAAGUAUUUAAUCUGGGCCGGCGCCGCAGCUCACUAGGCUAAUCCUCCACCUAGUGGCGCUGGCACCCCGGGUUCUAGUCCCGGUCGGGGCACCGGAUUCUGUCCCGGUUGCCCCUCUUCCAGGCCAGCUCUCUGCUGUGGCCAGGGAGUGCAGUGGAGGAUGGCCCAAGUGCUUGGGCCCUGCACCCGAAUGGGAGACCAGGAGAAGCACCUGGCUCCUGCCUUCAGAUCAGCGCGGUGCGCCGGCCGCAGCACGCCAGCCGUGGCGGCCAUUGGAGGGUGAACCAACGGCAAAAGGAAGACCUUUCUCUCUGUCUCUCUCUCUCUCUCGCUGUCCACUCUGCCUGUCAAAAAAAAAAAAGUAUUUAAUCUGAUGUAUUUAUUUUAAAGGCAGACAGGUAGUGUAUCAGGGGAGAGAGAGAGAGAAAUCUUCCAGCUGCAGCAGUCAGGCUGGGCCGGGCCAAAGCCAGGAGCCAGGAGCUCCACCCUGAUCUCCCACGUGGGUGGCGGGGGCCUAAAUACUUGGACCAUCUUCCAUUCCUUCCCAGGAAGCUGAAUGGCAGGUACAGGAGCUGGGGCUGUCAGCAGUGCAAGCAGGGGCUUACCCCACAACUCAGGCACUGGGGAGUCGCUCUACCCGACAGCCACAGCACCACUUCCCCUGAACUCCCAGGAAGGGAAAUUUUCCUUCCAUUGCUUUGCUCUGAGUAACAGUGCCACGGCCUUUACAGCUGGGAAACACUGGAGCGCCUCUGCCACGGUAUGGGCGGGCUGUGAGCUCAGCAUGCCAGCCUCCUGUCUCUGCAUGAGGAAAGCGUGCCAGGGGACCGACCUCCUAAGAGACUUGCAAACUCAUGGAGCCCGGCGCUGUAGCGCAGUGGCUUAACGCCCUGGCCUGCAGUGCCGACAUCUCAUGUGGGCACUGGUUCGAGGCCCGGCUGCUCCACUUCUGAUCCAGCUCUCUGCUGUGGCAUGGGAUGGCGGUGGAAGAUGGCCCGUGUCCUUGGGCCCCUGCACCUGCGUGGGAGACCUGGAGGAAGCUCCUGGCUCCUGGCUUCGGCCAAUUGGGGAGUGAGCCAUCGGAUGGAGGACCUCUCUCUUUCUCUCUGCCUCUCAUCUCUCUGUGUGGCUCUGACUUUCAAAUGAAUAAAUAAAUCUAUAAAAAAAAAAAAA